GAGUGACAUCAGUGUUGAGCGGAUAUGGGCGAAAUUGCCCUCACCCACAAAGUUUACGAUCGUAUUUAGUAUAGCUGUUGUUUUUGCGACUUAACCACUAAAGGAGUCGCCCAUUAACUUAUAUGAGAACUCGUGUGUUGGACCAGCAACACGGACGACAAGGAGUUUAUUUUAUCACAUAGAAAUGGAACUGUUCAAGAUUUUAUUUUUUGUAAUGCCAUGGCUGAGCGAAUGUCGAGUAUUAUGGGCACCAAGACAGGCUAGAUUGAGUUCAGCUGCCUCUAUACCUAGUUAUUACUACACAAAUAUAGAUGGAUAUCCCGGGACAUAUUCAUUCGGCUAUGAUACGUACGAUGCAGCGACAGGCAACACGCAGUUUCGUACAGAAGAAAGGUACCCCAAUGGUACAGUAGUCGGUAGCUAUGGAUAUGUGGACCCACGUGGAAGAGCGCAAAGUUUCACAUACAUAGCUGAUGAGAAAGGAUACAGAUUAAUAAGCAAAGUUCCCAAGUCGACCACAACUCAAUCUGCUAAAGGCAACCUGGUCGAUGUACCAACGGAACCUUCUAUAACGUGGACGAGACCGAAGAAAAAUAAAAACAAAGUAGUCGGCAGUUAUUUAGUUAAAUUACCUAUAAAAACAAAUGAUUACAACUUGCCUCAAUAAUAUGUAUAUAAAAUAAGUAGUACAGAAUAACUCAUUUCGAAUGAGUAUAAAUAAUAUACUAAAUAGUUUUAUUUAUAUUAUUUUGGUUCAUCACGUGUGGAAAUAGAAGAAAAAUAUGUAU